AUGAAUAUGUUGGAUGAUGAAGAUGACCAAAGCUUUCACGCUACGCGUGACGGCUACUCCCAUUUGAGCGAUGUCGAAUGGGAUGCGGUUGAACGGAUGGGUUCAACCAUGGGCAUCCAUGCUGUUAGCGUCAUGCUAGAGGCUCUCAAUAGAGAUGCCCAACAUGCUACUAUCGCCAAGUUCAUUCAAAAUGAACUUGACGCAGAACGCGAGAAAGUAGCCUUGCUUCACCAACAAGGUUCUCAACAAGCAGAGUUGUUGAGAGAACAGGGUGCUCAACAGUUUGAGCUGUUGAGACAGCAGCAGGCUGCUGCUGGUGGGUCGAUGCAUUUGCGUCGACCCGAAACCUUGAAGAUUGACAUCUCCAAGUAUAGGAAAGUCGAAGAGGACUCUCUCUUGAGAUGA